AUUUCUUAAUAUACAAAAAUUACUCAGGGACCGAGAGAGUAUAAUUUUUAUUAAUAUAUAAUUUUUAUAAUUUCUUAAGAGUAUUUCCUAUUUCCUCCCCAUUUGUUCCUGCCAGAAAGGUUUCCAGUUUCAACCACUAUUCCUUUGUUUGUCCGCAGAAUUCUUGAAAGGAAGAAGCCUCAAGGAUUUUGACUUGUGAUGGUAAAUGGAAAAGAAACAGCACAUUGCAAUAUUCACUACCGCAAGCAUUCCAUGGCUGACCGGGACUGCAGUAAACCCUUUGUUUCGUGCCGCCUACCUUGCUAAAGAUGGGGAGAGGAAUGUCACUUUGGUUGUCCCUUGGGUGUCUGUUAAAGAUCAAAAACACUUGUUCCCUGAAAAUAUCACCUUUAGCACACCAUCUGAGCAAGAACACUACGUUCUUCGAUGGGUUGAAGAGAGGUCUGGCUUCAAAUCAAGCCUCAGUGUGCGGUUUUAUCCAGGAAAGUUCUCCCUAGAGAAAAGGAGCAUUCUUGCUUUGGGGGAUAUCACGGUUGUCAUCCCGGAUGAGGAAGCAGAAAUUGCUGUCCUUGAGGAACCUGAGCACCUUACCUGGUAUCAUCACGGAAGGAGAUGGAAGGAGAAAUUUAGGCUGGUGAUAGGAAUUGUUCACACCAAUUAUCCAGAGUAUGUUAAGAGGGAGCGCAACGGUUUGGAAGCUUUAAUCGUGAAAUAUAUAAAUGUUUGGGUUGUCAACAUAUAUUGCCACAGGGUUAUCAGGUUGUCCGGUGCGACGCAAGAUCUUCCCAGAUCAGUCAUCUGCAAUGUCCACGGAGUGAACCCAAAGUUUCUUGACAUUGGUAUGAAGAAGACAAAGGAAGAAGAACCAUUGCAGAGGGGGAAGGAAGUAUUCACCAAAGGCGCAUACUACAUUGGAAAGAUGUUGUGGAGCAAAGGCUACAAGGAGCUGCUCAAACUUCUGUGCAGCCAUCAAAAGGAGCUUAAAGGGCUUGAAAUUGAUUUGUAUGGCAGCGGCGAGGAUUCUGCCCAGAUUCAGGAAGCUGCCAGGAAACUGGAAUUGACAGUCAGGGUUCAUCCCGGACAGGAUCAUGCCGAUCCUAUCUUCCAUGAGUACAAAGUCCUUGUGAAUCCAAGCACCACAGACGUGGUCUGCACGACUACAGCCGAAGCCUUAGCAAUGGGAAAAAUAGUAAUAUGCGCCAACCACCCGUCGAACGACUUCUUCAAGCAUUUUCCCAAUUGCCGCACGUACGACAGUGGCACCUGCUUUGUCACCGCCACUCUCCGGGCAUUGACCGAGCAGCCUGCCCCGUUGACCGAUGACCAAAGGCACGAGCUGUCGUGGGAAUCGGCAAUGCACCGGUUUUUGAAAGCAGCGGAGCUGGACAAGUCGUCACCCAGUAACAACACCAAUGACAACAAGAAACAAUUUGCAAAGAAGAGCUCAAAGCUCAGUCUUUCAGCAUCAAUGAAUCUGAAAGAGAAUCUUGAAGAUGCAUUGGCGUUUGUGCAUUACGUUGGGACUGGGUUUUUGAACUCGAAGCCAAACGAAGAGCAAUGCAAAGAGCUUGGUCUUGCUCUCCCUGCUUCUUCCAAGAUGAAGAAGUUUUCAACCUCUGGUAAAGAUGAUCAUGAUGUUUUGUGAAUAGGUGAAAUAUUACUAAUUUGUAGAGUACUAUUUGUGGUGGCUGAAGUUAAACUGCCAUUGUUGUACUGUUAACUCACAUCUGUUGUAAAUUACAGUAUUGUUUAAUGUGGCAUUUUUUUUUUGACAUUUUGUCCUAUUUUUAUGUUCUGUGUAAGAAAUGAAGAGAGGUAAUGUUU